UCUCAAUUGCCUCAAACAUACAUCAAACAAACCAAGUAACUCCUUCACACAUUAUUUCCUAUUUAAUUUCCAUUUGACAUUGUUCUAUAUAUACUUGAUCAACCUUACAUUAAUGGAGAGGGUGACACAGUUGGCAUCAGAGAGGUCAGUGGUGAUAUUCAGCAAGAGUAGUUGUUGCAUGUGUCACACAAUCAAAACCCUCUUCAGUGACUUUGGAGUGAAUCCAGAAGUUCAUGAACUUGAUGAGAUGAGUGGAGGGAGAGACAUUGAACAAGCACUUUUAAGGCUAGGAUGUAACCCUUCUGUGCCUGCUGUGUUCAUUGGUGGUGAGCUUGUUGGUGGAGCUAAUGAAGUUAUGAGCCUUCACCUUAAUAGGUCUCUGAUUCCAAUGCUUAGAAGAGCAGGAGCUAUUUGGGUUUGAUUAAUUGAACUCUCAUAAUACUAUAUAUGUUAUAAUAAAUCUGUUUUGGUUACUUUACUUGUAUAAUGAUGAGAUUAUAUAUAGUAUGGCCGGCAGGAUAUAUUAAUGCUACUGCAGCUAUGUAUGUAUAUUAGAAGAUUAAUGUAAGCUACGACCAAGUGAUCAAGCUCAAGUGUUUGAUGAGCUCAAGUUAAGGACGAAUCGCUUGGAAGAACAAAAAUUUGAAUUCAGGUUGAAAGAUUUUAUUUACCAACCGAUCAAACUCCGGAUUAUUAAAGUCUUUCUCGUGAAAAGCGAAGGGUUAAGACUAAAAAUAUAUACAUGAGUGUAUGCUACUAAUGUGUCAUAAUAAGGCUAAUAAACUUGACUUAUCAAUGUGUAAUAGCCUUUUCUUAUAUAUCAAAUGUAGCCUUGUGUUUUUGCUAAACGAAAUUUUAUACUUUUUUUCCGGAUCUUUAA